AGACCAAGAUUGAGGAGAUAAGAUUAUAGUGAAAAAGCCGUUAUAGCCUGCUCCAGCAGCUUCAGCGGUUAGCCUCUUUCUCUCUCAAAGCCAAAGAAAGGAGAUAAAAAAAUGGCAUCAGCUUCGGCAACUCUCCUCAAGUCUUCACCUAUCUAUGACAAAUCUGAGUGGGUUAAGGGCCAAAACCUCCGCCAGCCUUCAGUGUCUUUUGUCAGGUGCCACCCCACUUCCUCAUCAGCCUUCACCGUCCGAGCUAGCUCCUAUGCUGAUGAGCUUGUUAAGACCGCAAAAACCAUUGCAUCCCCGGGCCGUGGUAUUUUGGCCAUGGAUGAAUCAAAUGCUACAUGUGGGAAGCGACUUGCCUCAAUUGGUCUAGAGAACACUGAGGCUAACCGCCAAGCAUACCGUACCCUUCUUGUGUCAGCCCCUGGCCUUGGCGAGUACAUCUCUGGAGCUAUACUUUUCGAGGAGACUCUCUACCAAUCUACCACCGAUGGAAAAAAGAUGGUUGAUGUUCUUGUUGAGCAAAAAAUUGUCCCCGGUAUCAAAGUUGAUAAGGGUUUGGUGCCCCUCCCUGGUUCCAACAACGAGUCCUGGUGCCAAGGUCUUGAUGGUCUUUCCUCCCGCACAGCUGCCUACUACCAGCAGGGUGCUCGUUUCGCCAAAUGGCGUACUGUUGUGAGCAUUCCCAAUGGUCCAUCUGCCUUGGCAGUCAAAGAAGCAGCUUGGGGUCUUGCCCGAUAUGCUGUAAUUUCUCAAGAUAGUGGAUUGGUCCCAAUUGUGGAGCCAGAAAUCUUGCUCGAUGGUGAACAUGGAAUUGACAGGACUUUCGAAGUAGCCCAGAAGGUUUGGGCUGAGGUUUUCUUCUACCUUGCUGAGAACAAUGUCAUGUUUGAGGGUAUCCUCCUCAAGCCCAGCAUGGUCACUCCUGGUGCUGAAUGCAAAGACAAGGCCACCCCUCAGCAAGUUGCUGACUACACCCUCAAGCUCCUUCAGAGGAGAAUCCCCCCAGCCGUACCCGGAAUCAUGUUCUUGUCUGGUGGGCAAUCUGAGGUUGAAGCAACCCUCAACUUGAACGCAAUGAACCAAUCUCCCAACCCAUGGCACAUCUCGUUCUCUUACGCCAGAGCUCUCCAGAACACUUGCUUGAAGACAUGGGGAGGCAGACCCGAGAACGUUAAGGCUGCUCAAGAUACACUUCUUGUCCGUGCCAAGGCCAACUCACUAGCUCAGCUCGGCAAAUAUGCUGGUGAAGGAGAAUCAGAGGAGGCCAAGAAAGGAAUGUUUGUCAAAGGCUACGUGUACUAAGAAGCUGCAAACAAAACUACAGAUGAGAUUCUGAAGAUUGAAGAUGAUAUUUUGAUGGAGAUAUCUGGAUAUGGAUUCUCUCUCAAUGUGUUAAUGCUUUAUAGCCCUGGAGACUAUUUUUGCACCUGAUUACAAUGUACCUUUAGCCACUUAAUAAACUUCUUGUUAAUGAGAUUAGUUUGUGUGUACUCAAGUAUGCAUCAUCACAUACUAAAAUGCUUGAAUCUGCAUUUUGCACUAUAAUUCGGUCAACUCUAAUUAAUU